AUGAGUCUCUCCUCCUCGCCAGCCGGUCGCCGUGCUGUUCUCAAGCUCAUCCAGACGCACAUCGACAACCUGGACGAGACGAUCGGACGCCCCAACCUGACCGCCUACGUUAUUCGGGCCGCUUGUGAGGGCUUCUGCACUCCUCAAUACCAUGCCGAAAUCGAACAAUUCUUUACGAACAAUCCCAUAUCCUCGAAGAGGGCGGUUGAACAGGCGCUAGAGUCCAUUUCGCUGAAUGUCUCCCUGCUCAAGCGCGAAUCCGAACGUCUGCCCAUCUUCCUGGCUCAAUUUAAGAACCUCGGCUAA